AUGCUGCUCGCCGGAGUGCAGACGCUUGUGGGGCGGGCCCGCGAAGACUUUGGCGGGCCGGACACGCCGCGGCAGCCACAGGGCGCAGCGGUAAAGGGCGAGUUCCCGGUGGCGGCGACGAGCAGUCCAGGCUCUGUGCGAGUGCUCUCGGCCAACAUGUGGGGCGUGCCGACGUCACCGCUGGUGCGCAAGCGGUUGCGGACGCUGGGCGCUGUGCUGGCCGACUACGAUCUCAUUGCCCUGCAGGAGGUGUGGCACGUCCGCGAUCGGGCUCUGGUGCGGGAGCUGGCUGCUGACGCCGGCCUCACCUACACCCACGCCUUUUGCCACGGCUCGGGCAUGGCAGUUUGGCCGGGCCAGCAUGGGACUGGCCUGAUGAUCAUCUCGCGUUGGCCCAUCGUCGACGUCGCCUACCAUCGGUUCUCGGUCACCGGCCGCCCGUACGCUUUUCAUCAAGCCGACUACUACGGCGCAAAGGGCAUCGGCUGGGUCCGCGUCGCCUCGCCGCAUGGCCUCAUCGACGUCUUUGACACCCAUCUGGUGGCGCAGUACUCGGCCGACCCGCACGACGAGUACUCCAAGACCCGCCUUGGCCAGGCCUUUGAGCACGCCUCGUUUGUGUCGUCGGUGGCCGGCUCGACGCCUUUCGGCGGCGCCGGCUACGUCCUGCCCGACGGCUCGCGCGCUGUGGGCCCUGUUAUUCUUGUUGUCGACAUGGGCGACUUUAAUGCCCCGCCGAACUCGCUUGUCGUCGCCGCUGUCCACCAUCUGUGCGGCCUUCGCGACGCGUACGCCGAGUCUGACGACGGCCGCGCCGGCAAGCCCGGCUUCACUGGCGAGGGCCCAACCGGUGAGGCGCAGCGGAUGGACUACAUCUUUUACGCCUAUGCUCCGCACCAGCCGUGGCUUCUCGAGUAUGCCCGCCCGCUCGACGAUCUCGUUGUGCCUGGCGAGCAGCCUGCUGUCCCAGUCUCGGACCACGCGCCGGUUGCGGCCUCGUUUCGGCUCGUCGACUCGAGCACUUUGCUCCCGCUGCCGCUGCCGCAGCUACCUGCGGCCGGCACGCGCGACCAGACUCUGACCGAGCUCGUCGCCGAAAUCGAAGCCGGAGUAGUCGAGAUUGCCGCCAGGCGCAACCGGCACAAGCUGCGGUUCUGGCGCGCGCUCGCCGGCCUCGUUGCCAUCCUGCUGCUCUCACUCUUUGUCUCGUCGCGGUACGCGUACACUGUGGUUGCGAUUGCGACGUACGGCUCGUCAGCAGGCCAGCUGUUUGGCGGCCUCCUUGUCCAGGCCCUCUCCAUCGGCCUGGUCUCGGUUCUUCCGCUCAUGUUCAUGGCGGUCGUUCUAGCGGGCUACGUCUGCGUCGAGUUCUUCCUCGCCUGGUACACCCGAGGGUGGUGA